AGAAACUACGUGUGGCCAAAUUUUGUUCUGGGCAAAGCUGCCAUUUUUAACAUUUGAAUUGGAAAAGGGUGUACAAAUGCAAACAAUGAUAUUUUUUCCCUCCCCAGUUGACUGAAGAUCAGAGAACGAGAGAAAAAAAUGACUUCAAUGAAGGCACAAUCAGAGAUUUGUAGACUAAUGGAUUUUCUACAAGAAUGGGACCACGCGGAUAGAACUUUCCGAUGUCGUAUGUUGAAUGACUUUAUAAAUGCGAACCAGGGUAAAACUGGUCCUGAGCUGGAAAUAGAAUUUGCUCAAGGGGCCAGUUUGUUUCUCACAAGAGUGACAGCGUGGCUCAGAUUGUCUUACAUGAUUGGUACCUGUUUAUCUGAACAAUUAAAAGCUAUUGGUGUGUUUUUGUCGGCAGCAAGUAGUCAGCGAUAUAUAAUAGAAGUUUUGGAAGUUGGUGGCCUUUUGACUUUUCUGGACAUUCUAGGAUUGAAACAGGCCCGAGAAGAAGACAAACAAGAAGCAAUAAAAUUACUUCAAAUUAUUGCCAGCGGUGGACGAAAGUAUAAGGAGUUGAUCUGUGAAAGCUAUGGUGUGAGAGCCAUUGCCGAGUGUUUAGCAAAGUCGAAAUUGGAAAAAACACAAGAACAGGCUCAGAUCUUGUUGGAAUUACUGGCUCAAGGUAACCAAAAAUACCAAGUACAGGUUUACAAAGGAGCAAUUGCAUUAUUACCAACCACUUCUUCAAAAGCACAGCAGCUGGCACUUCAAACACUGAAUAAUCUGCAGCCAAUUGUGAAAAUCACAUAUCCCUGUAUCAUCAAACCUCUUUUGAACAUAUUGAGAAGCCUUCACUCUGAAGUGCAAUACGAAGCCAUUGAGCUGAUCAAGAAACUACUGGAAUAUGAAAUCAGAUCAGACCUGCUAAAAAGACUAGCUGGACUUCUCAAUCUAUGUAAAGAUCCCCGAAAUCGACCAAAGAUUCUUGAAGAUCAAUCAGCACCUAACCUUUUAGAGUCAGCACCUAUGUUCAUACAGCAGGCUGCUGCUGCAAAGGUGAUAGGUAUUCUUAUUCAAAACUCAGUGGACAUAUCUGAAGAGCUGAUGCAGCACGAAUUGGUGAGGAAACUGUUGAUAACUAUGGGGAACAGAAACCAUUUUGACAGCCAAAGGCAGGCUUCCUUGGCUCUGCAUUAUAUAGUUUGCACCAAUCCAAAUGUGGCAGAGCAAGUGAAAACCAGCAUGGGAAUAGAACUUUUUGAAAUGUUCAUGAAUGAUCCAGAGAAUUUAUAUCAGAAGAUAACUGAGGUCCACGCUGAUGCCUUAUUUAAUAACAAAGCCAAUCUUUUACUAAAAACUGAAGACUCAGAAGUAAGUCCUGAAGCAGAACAAGAUGGAACCUCGGCAAAAGAUUAAAAUAUGAUACAAAACUGUUUUUAGUUAAUAUUUUGAUAACUUUUAGCUAUUCAGCCAACUUUCAGCUUGGCUCAGCAUUCUCUGCUCUGACUAAGGUGACACCCCCAACACAGUACUGGGGAAGUCUUGUGCUGUCCUUUGCGAAUAUGAUCUGAAACUCUGAGCAAACUUUGAUUAGCAAACUGUAACCCCAGCAAGAAACAAUAAUAAACCAAUUGUCUAUGAUAGAUUUAAUUUUUUU